GUCACUGUUAUUAGUCAAACACUGUUUCCUGAAUGCAUAUAUUCACUCAUGGUAAUACACUUUAUAUGAUGAGUUGCAUUCAGUGCAUAUCAAUAUGCAAGGGGUUAUAAUCCAACAGAAAUCAAACGCCAAACAAAUAUACUUGUGGACCUUUUGGUAUAAAAGAUCAAUAAAAUGACCUCCAGAUUUUAGCAUCUGUAUUAGGACAUAUGGAUGAUAUGAGUCCGGAACUUAAGGAAGCCGAUCCCGCAAGGAAAUUGGCCGUUUCUUAUAUCAGUACACCGAAACUAUCAUUUGAAAUUUGCAAGCUAAAGAGUGAAGCCUAGGCCUAUUGCUACCGGCACUUGUUCCCCCUGCAACUCAUAACCUUGCACAACCAUGGGCUCCUUUUGGAAAUUCAUUCCGUCCUAUCCUGAGAUCUUCCUUGCUAUAAUCUGCUUCUUCGGGCUCUCCAUCUUCCGCCUCAUCCGGCAGUGCCAGAAGAGUGCCCUCCCGGUGAACUGGCCUGUCGUGGGGAUGCUUCCCUUCCUCGUGAGGAAUCGGCACUACAUCCAUGACAAGGUCGUGGAUCUGCUCCGAGAGGCUGGGUGCACGUUCAUGGUCUUUGGACCAUGGCUUCUGAACAUGAAUUUCUUGAUCACCUGUGACCCAGCCACUGUCAACCACUGCCUCAACACCCACUUUGACAAGUAUCCGAAAGGCAGAGAGUUCGCCGAGAUGUUCGACAUUCUCGGCGAUGGGCUCCUUAUCGCAGACUCGGAAUCCUGGGAGUAUCAGCGCCGUGUGGCAGUGUCUGUCUUUGCUAGCCGUGCCUUCCGGUCAUUUACGAUAUCCACCAUCUCAAGGAAGGUCGGCAAGGUCUUGCUACCCUACCUUGACCACAUGGCCAAGCACAGCUUGGAGGUGGAGCUGGAGGGCGUCUUCAUGAGGCUCUCGCUCGAUAUCUCGUACUCUACUGUGUUUGCAGCUGACUUGGACUGCUUAUCGGUGUCGUCUCCGAUGCCUGUGUUUGGUCGCGCCACAAAGGAAGCAGAGGAGGCCAUGCUGUUCAGACACAUCGUGCCAUCGAGCUUGUGGAAGCUUUUGAGGUGGCUCAACAUCGGAACCGAGAAGAAGCAUGCCAAUGCAAAGGUUGUGGUCAAUCGGUUCAUCUACGAGGAGAUUGCCAAACGGAAGGCACAGGGGUGCAACGGAAGCCAGGCAGAUGUGCUGUCCAUGUACAUGAAAUUGCCCUUGGAUCCCGGCAUGAGUGAGCAGCACAAGACGGAGUUCCUGCGUGACACAGCGGUGGGGUUCAUCCUCGCAGGUAAGGACCUCAUCGCCGUCACGCUCACGUGGUUCUUCUACAUGAUGUGCAAGCACCCGGACGUCGAGGCAAGAAUACUCGAGGAGCUCAAGGGCCUGCAGAGCAGCACCUGGCCCGGGGACUUCUCUGUCUUUGAGUGCGACGCUCUCCGGUCUGCCAUUUACCUCCAAGCUGCGCUCCUCGAGACACUCAGGCUUUUCCCGGCAACUCCAUUCGAGGAGAAGGAGGCCCUCGUCGACGACGUCCUACCAAACGGCACCAAGGUGACCAAGGGCACAAGGGUCGUCUUCUCGCUCUACGCCAUGGGGCGGAUAGAAGGGAUAUGGGGCAAGGACUGCAUGGAGUUCAGGCCGGAGCGAUGGGUGUCCAAGAGCGGCCGCCUCCGGCACCAGCCGAGCUACAAGUUCCUGUCCUUCAACUCCGGGCCCAGGAGCUGCAUCGGGAAGGACCUUGGUCUCAGCAACAUGAAGAUCACGGCUGCUUCCAUCAUAUACAACUUCAAAGUGGAGUUGGUCCGAGGCCACGCCGUGAUGCCGCAGAGCUCGGUCAUCCUCCACAUGCAGAACGGGAUGAUGGUUAGACUCAAGAGAAGGUUGGCAGCUUGAUGUUACGAUCACUUACU